AUGAGAUGGGCAAAUAAGAACAUCGAGAGCGGGAGCAAACAAGUCUAUGCACACAUUGUUGAGGAGAUCAAGACCAGUGCAAGAGCCUUUUGUCCUCGGUCUCUCCCCCUCGCUCCUCUGCUCUCCCCGCCGCCGCCCCGUGCACCCCCGCCGGCCACGCAACCCCAGGCCGCGUCCCCUCGCCACCCGCCGCCGCCGCCACCCGCAACCCGCCGCCGCCGCGAUCGCGGGCCCAUUCUCCGACGCGUCGCCACGGGACUUCCUGCUUCGCCCACCGCCGCGCUCUCCCCGGACCUGAACGGCUUCGCGGCGGCCCUCGGCGGCGCGCCGGGCUUCUGGCCCGGGAUCCUCUCGCCCGCCGCUCUCCCUCUGGCGGCCUCCACGGGGCUGUUCUCGCCGAUGCUGUUCGACCCGAGCUGCCUCUCGUGGCUGGGCGAGCUGAGCCCGUUCCACCCCUCCGCCGGCACCCGCGCGGAGCAGGCGCCGCCGUUCGCGCCCAGCCCGCGCAGCAGCCUGCUGCUGGCCACGCCCACCAUGCCGUUGCCGCCCAGUCUCUGUGCUCGAGUUCUUCAGCAAGGGCAGCAGAGCAAGGGCCGGGGGUGGGAUAACUGCUGAUUGCCCUCCAUCCAAACAGAGUAGGGAUAGGGACUAAACUUGAGUCCUUAGGAACUAAAGGGAUCCAGACAAGGCCUAAAUAAGUUGUCUGUAAUAAUUUUAUCUAAUCUUGUUGCAAGGAUUCAAACUCGAGGCUUUUAGCUUUAAUACCAUAUUGAGUUGAAAGUACCGAGGAGUUCAACCCAAAAGACUAACUUUAUGAAGAAAGAUGGCCAAUUUGUCUAUA